AUGGGGUUGAGGGCGCGGUUGCAGUGCGCUGGUCGUCCGAUGGGGGAGGAACACCUGGAGACAGAGACGCGCCAGGUUCAGGCGUCACUCCUCCGCUAUUUCACUCACAAUAAACAUACAUGGCAUGCUUGCGCACACACACACACACACACACCUUGUAACAUUUGCCAUCUCCUCUCCUGUAACCUUUGUCACCAAGGGGCUCCGAACACGGCUGAGCUGCGUAUCUGUCGGGUCAACAGGAACAGUGGUUGUGUGAAGGGAGGAGACGAGAUCUUUCUGCUGUGUGAUAAAGUCCAGAAAGAUGACAUUGAGGUGCGUUUCUUCACUCCUGGCUGGGAGGCUAAGGGCUCCUUCUCCCAGGCUGACGUUCACCGCCAGGUGGCCAUCGUCUUUAAGAGCCCGCCCUACUACGACACGUCCAUCACCGGCCCGGUCACUGUGCACAUGCAGUUACGCCGUCCCACCGACCAGGAAGUCAGCGAGCCCAUGGAGUUCAGAUAUCUACCCGACGACAAGGAUCCCUAUGGUUGCCAGGAGAAGAAGAGGAGAAGAGAGCACCUGAUUAAAACCUUACCCGGGUUCCUACCUUUAGGUGGAAUGAAUCAGAUGAACAGACCGAAGGCAGUACCACACAGUCCCAUGGCCCAGUCCAUGAGAAAAGACAUCAACAACAUACAUGAAACAGCCCUCCCGCUAUGAUGCGCCAAACCCCUCCUACCAUGUACAACCACGCCAACCAACAUUACCAACAACAUAGCCCUCAGCAGCGCACAAUGAUGACAUCCAUCAACCAGAUGUGGCCCCAACCCAACCCGACUUUGUCCCUGGAGACCAUCAGAAUUAACCCUCGAGCACCGUUAGUAGCCAGGGUAACGGUAUGCAGCAACAGCAGGUGAACCACUGUGUUACCUCUGGGUACCUUCAUGGAGGGGAGAGCAGUGGUAGUGGAGGCGGUGGUGGUGGUGGUGGUAAACACUGCCCCAACUCACCAUGGGGGACCUGCAAUGUCUGGGUCUGGAGUCCAAUCUCCAGGGUCCUUCGGCCAGCCAAACCGCCCGUGG